UCACCAUGGUGUCCCCCAUCUUGUCCCCUGUGACGCUGUGUAGGAUAAGCAGUAUGGAAAAUGAAUGUGUGUGUGAGAGAGAGAGAGCCAAAUAUUUCAAUAAUCUGUAUUGAGAGGGUCUAUGGAAUUUCAGUAGCAUUUUACUGCUUUUUUUUUUAUUAUUUGAGUUAAGUCCAAAUUGGAGUACAUCUUGCUAAAAAGAUUUCAAGUGAAACUGUGAGGAAAUGUUUGAACUAGGUAUUGGUAUUGAACAGUAGAAUAAAUGUCAUCACUAUAAGAUUGACUAAGAUUUAGGCCUGCAGUAUUUACUGGUUGAAAACUGCAGGGCUGUGUGUCCACUUAUAUCCAGAGUAAACAAGUUUCAGUGUGAGGGCUGGGUCGCGUCCCAAAUAGCGGUUUUGGGCGCAAUUAUUUGGAGUUGAGAGUGUAACCCGAUCCUCCGCCCAUCAUCUCUCCUGCUGUUUCAGUGCAGAGCUCCUGAGCCUCAGAGAGGAACCGCACAGCACACUGCUCUAACCAAGCUCCUCCACAUUUAUACCAUGACAUUAGAAAACCCGCCGGAGGAAUACACUUUUAAGUGAUCGCCUUUUUAUUUUGUGCCUGAGAACGACAAACAAACUAAAACAAAAAAACGAUGGAACCAAUAACACAGUGGACUCCAACUCAGGUUGUCGAUUGGAUGAGAGGACUGGAUGACAGUCUCCAGCAGUACAUCCCGAAGUUUGAAAAGGAGAAGAUUGAUGGCCAGCAGCUGUUGAAGAUCUCCCACCAAGACCUGGAGGAGCUCGCCGUUAGCCGCGUUGGCCACCAGGAACUCAUCCUAGAAGCUGUGGAUCUUCUCUGUGCUCUGAACUACGGGGUUGAGACUGAAAAUCUGAAGACUCUGGUUGGCCGGAUGAGAGCAGCUUCUAAUAACCUGCACAACUGUGCUUCAGAGAGGAGGAGAAGCCCGUCGCAUGACAGCAGCACUUCAAACAAACCACCCAACGAGUUCCUGACAGCAGUGGUGGAGCUUAUCGGAGCAGCCAAGGGCAUGCUGGCCUGGCUGGACAGGACACCUCUGAGAGGCAUCAGUGACUUCACCUCCAUCAAGAACAGGAUCAUCCAGCUGUGUUUGGAACUCACCACCACUGUGCAGAAGGACUGUGCUGUGUAUGAAAUGGAGGAGAAGAUACUGGAAGUGGCUCGUGUUUUAACUGAAGUCUGUGAGGCGACCAGGAGGACGACCUUUGACCCCUUGAAGAGCCGCACUACCUGUUUGGAGGAGGUCCACAUCACUGAUGUCAAACCAGAAGAGGGGUUGGGGAUGUACAUCAAAUCCACAUACGAUGGGUUGCAUGUGAUCACUGGAACCACCGAAAAUUCUCCAGCAGACAGAACUCAACGCAUCCACGCCGGUGACGAGGUGGUGCGGGUCAACCAGCAGACGGUGGUGGGCUGGCAUUUGAAGAACCUCGUGUCCAAAAUGAAGGAGAAGCCACACAGUGUGCUGCUCACGCUGAAGAAGAGGCCUUCAGGAACCGGCAACUUCACUCCUGCUCCACUGAAGAACCUGCGCUGGAGGCCUCCGGCUGUGCAGAGCGAUCCUCCUGGCCAUGCUGCUCACUCGUCCAGUGUCGAAAGCUCUGCAAAGAAAGAGAAGCCAGCUAUUCUGGACCUGUACUUACCCCCACCUCCAGCUGUGCCCUACACGCCACGGGAUAUGAAGGACGCCGCAUGUCCACAGGUCAGAAUGAGGCAAAAAGCACCUGAAUCCCCUAACUCGUCCCUGGACCGAGCUUCUAGACGGCGCUCUAAUCUCAUAGACUACGUCAGCAAACCCAACGUCAGCAUCUCUCCUCCAGAAAUCGUCAUCCCGCAGGCCCGACUACGCCAGCGCACGCCCUCCAGAGGGAAGCCGCGGCCCGUGUCUAUGCCUGCAGACACGUGCGUGGGCCUGUCUGAUUCCCCCUGGGCGUUUGGAAGGAAAGGUGAAGACGUGAUGCGCAUGUACAUGAGUAAUGAGCGAAUUCCUCCGAUCGCUGAAGAAGCCCCGUGUUUUCCCGUGCCGUACCGGCCGGCCAGUGAGAAGCAGCUCCUGCGUGGGGUUGACCACAUCCGCGGCAGUCAGUGCUUCAUCAAUGCCGAGCUGCACAGCAGCGCCACCGUGCUGUACCGAGACACCACACGCCGCAAGAGUCGGACCACGCGCUCCUCCAAGAGGUCCUCAGAGCCUUCGUCUCUCAGCGCCUGGUUCGCUCGACUGAAGCUCUUCACACAAAGGAGGAAACCACAGAACCCAGAGGAAACCCAUGUCACCAAGACUCUAGGAUUUAUAAACAAACAAAAAACAUCAAGUGAGCGUGAAUUCUGUAAGUGGCAUCGCAUUGUUGAUGAGAGAAGUCAGAGAAGAAUGGACAAACUUAUACGAGCUGGCAGAAAGGUUAUGCUUCCUGAACAAGACUUUCCCACUACGACUUGUCAAGGUGAUGCCGGGAUGAGUCGGAGGAGGAUCUCGGUGAAGGACCUGGGUGAGGCGGACUGUCAUGGCUGGCUCUACAAAAAGAGAGAGAGUCGAGCUUUCCUGAGGAAUAAAUGGAAGAAAUACUGGUUCGUGCUGAAGGGAUGUUCUCUGUACUGGUACACAAAUGUACUGGCUCUGAAAGCGGAGGGCUACAUCAACUUGCGAGGCUUCAGUCUGGACCAGGCGUACGAGUGCAAGAGGAAGUUCGCUAUAAAGGCCAGCCACCCGCAGAUUGUGACGCUCUUCUUUGCAGCUGAGAACACGCAAGAUAUGUACAAGUGGUUAAGUAAGCUAACUGCAGCUUCUAACAAGAAAGAACCUCAGGAAGUCGUCACUGCAGAAUACACAGAGUGUUAUAGUGAAGACAGUGAUGAAGAGGAUGAUGUUGAAGAAACAGGAGCCCAGUACAUUGAGCAGCUAACCUCCAGCUCCACCAAUGGGUGUCUUCCUCCGCCACAAUCCAGCUCGUCCCCCUGCCAGGACAUGCUCCCCCUCGUGUCUCCGGUGUGUAACACCUCGGAGUGUGUGAGUUCAGACAGCGAGUCGUGGCUGGAGCUCAGCUCUGACUCUCAGGGCGCGACGUGCGUCAGCAAGCACAGUAACAUCGGCCAGCUGCAGGAUUACCAUGGCGACGAAGGGCUUCCGUCUGACGAGCUGGAGAUGCUGUAUCUGCACCUCAAAAACGCCAGCCUGUCCCCGUGCGGAGAACUGCAGCCUGUGACUAAGCGGGACUACAGAUCGUCCUUCGUCAGACGCUGCAAAAACGACACCAUCAACGAGAAGCUGCACCUGGUCCGAGUUCUCAACAGUACUUUAAAGGCCAAAGAGGCAGACCUCCUGGCUAUUGAGCAGGUUCUAGCUGAUUCAUUGUUAGAUGGCAGUAAGUACAGACAGUGGAAGAGUGCGAAUGUUCUCCUACUGGAGGAAAUCAACCAGAAAAGAAGUACAGAAGAGGAAAAACCAAGCGUUCAGCCCGAACAGAUGCCAUCCUCCAUACCGGUUGUGUUCUCAGAGACCAGCCUCACGCGUUGAAGAAUAGAAUGAAAGCGACUGGAUUUUAACCAACAACUCGAAAUCACUAGUAAAAUGUUUGAAUGUGCAUGUAUUUACUGUAAAUAAAUUUUUAAAGUA